AUCCCCACAAAGAAAGCAGUCGUCUUUACUCUGAAGACAGUCCCAGACCCAAAACUUCGCCCCCCAUUUCAGGUUCUCGCCCUCCGUUUCAGGUUCUCUACAAGUCUUCAUCCCUCGCAAGUGACCGAACCCCAAAUCAAAUCUCGCUCUUUUUCCCCCUCCCUCCCGGUGCGAAUUCUCAACCCUAGGACUCAAUCAUUGCCACCAUGUUGAAGUUUUCGUCAACGGUGUCGAGUCAGAUUCGGUUCUUGCUCCAGAGCCUCAACGAAUCCAACGCCGACGCCGUUCUUGGCGAGCUCCUUCGGUUUGUAGAAUAUGAAAUUGAGGGAAGCAUGAUGCUGCUUCAAACAUGCAUCGAUCAUCUGAACUUUUACAGCACAGAUACAAAGAACAUGCUGCUGGAUUCAGUUGUUGAGUCAAUUUUUAAGUACUUGUUGGACAAACCAAAUUUUAGCACAGUGUUUUUUGAAUCGCUAAGGGAUACAGAGAUAAAUGAAGGAACUCUAGAGAAUUUCUCUAAUGCACUACACUUGUCUGUAUCUGAAAAAAUUGGCUUUGGCCUUGCUUUGUCGGAUUCUGAAAAUCUUGAUACCAGGAUGUCUGGAAAAAAUUUUUGUAUGUCUCAGAUUCAAGAAUUGUGUGCCAAUCCUGCUUUGGCUAAUUCUUCUGAGGAAAUUCAGAAUAUUGUCGUGUUCCUUCAGCGGUCUGACGGCCUUUCCAAGCAUGUAGAUUUCUUUAUGCAGAUGUUAUCUUUGGUGAAGUCUAAUGAUGUCACCCCAUUUGUUUUAACUCCAUUGCUUUCAGAUGAAUUGCGCGAGGCCAACUUUCUGAGGAAUGUGGAUGUGUUCCAUGUAUCUGGAGAAGAUGAUUUUGAUUCUAUUUUAGCAGAAAUGGAGAAAGAAAUGAGCAUGGGAGAUAUUAUGAAGGAACUAGGUUAUGGAUGCACAGCAAACACAUCACAAUGCAUGGAAAUUCUCUCUCUUUUGUUGCCACUGACAGAGAUUACUGUGGCUAAAAUACUUGGUACAAUUGCCCGCACCCAAGCUGGUCUUGAGGACAAUCUGAACACAUUCUCAACAGUUAGCCUGGCUCUGGGUUGCAGUACUUUGUUUGAUCUUCCAUCAUUGAGCUCCUGGAAUAUUGACGUUCUUAUAGAUUCAAUCAAGCAACUUGCUCCUGGUACCAAUUGGAUACGAGUUAUUGAAAAUAUGGACCACGAGGGGUUCUACUUUCCCAAUCAGGAGGCAUUCUCUUUUUUUAUGUCUGUAUAUAGGCGUGCGUGCCAGGAGCCGUUCCCUCUCCAUGCCAUUUGUGGGUCUGUUUGGAAUAAUACUGAGGGGCAGCUAUCUUUUCUUAAAUAUGCUGUUUUGGCACCACCAGAAGUAUUUACGUUUGCCCAUUCAACAAGGCAGCUGCCAUUCUUGCAGGCCUAUAUUGAUGCAGUGCAUGGAAAUAAGCUUCAGCUUGGACAUGCUAGUCAUGCAUGGUUGUGUCUUGAUCUCUUGGAUGUACUAUGUCAACUAUCUGAGAGUGGUCAUGCCACUUCAGUUCGAUCAAUGCUUGAAAAUCCUAUUAAACACUGUCCUGAAGUCUUACUUCUCGGGAUGGCACAAAUUAAUACUGCUUAUAACCUCCUCCAGUAUGAAGUGUCGCUCACCGUUUUCCCAAUUAUAGUUAAAAAUCCCAUGGGUAAUGGAAUGAUUCUUCACCUCUGGCAUGUUAACCCCAAUUUGGUAUUGCGAGGAUUUGUAGAUUCUGUAAACUGCGAUCCAGACGGUAUGACAAGAAUAUUGGAUAUCUGCCAAGAGCUAAAGAUUAUAUCAGCAGUGUUAGAUAUGCUGCCUUCUUAUUAUGCCAUAAGAUUGGCAGCUCUUGCUUCACGGAAAGAGCUGGUAGACCUUGAGAAGUGGCUCAGCUAUAAUUUAAACACAUAUAAAGAUAUUUUCUUCGAGGAGUGCCUCAACUUCUUAAAGGAGAUUCAGUUCCGUGGAUCACAGGAUUUUUCCCCGAAACGGUUCCAUCACUCUGGUGCUGUCUUGAAUCUUUAUGUGGAGACAAGUUCUACCUUUGUGAAGGUCCUUAAAGCUCAUGCCAGCUCGAUUAACUCUAGCUUGCUUGCUGAGGAAAUGGAAAAGCUGCAAGCAACAAUUAUGGAUUCUAAUCCUCAGUUGCAGAAUGGUGGGGCUGCUACAGAUUCUUCGGCAUCAGAUGGAUAUGCGGAUGAUAUUGAGAGAGAAGCAAACUCUUACUUCCAUGAAAUGUUUUCUGGUCAGUUGACCAUUGAUGCAAUGGUCCAAAUGCUUGCUCGAUUCAAGGAAUCUUCUGUGAGAAGGGAACAAUUAAUUUUCGAGUGCAUGAUUGCAAAUCUUUUUGAGGAGUACAGAUUCUUCCCCAAGUAUCCUGAGAGGCAGCUUAAAAUUGCUGCAGUUCUGUUUGGCUCUGUUAUCAAGCACCAACUUGUGACUCAUCUUACAUUAGGGAUUGCUCUGCGUGGUGUUUUAGAUGCAUUACGCAAACCUGCCGACUCAAAAAUGUUUGUGUUUGGGACUCUGGCAUUGGAGCAGUUUGUGGAUCGUUUGAUUGAAUGGCCACAGUAUUGCAAUCAUAUAUUGCAGAUAUCCCAUCUGCGUGGUACUCAUUCAGAACUUGUUGCUUUCAUCGAACAGGCUCUUGCCAGGAUUUCAUCUGGCCAUUCAGACACAGAUGGAGGCAGCCAUGCUUCUCUUGUUAAUCACCAUGGUUCUACUCAGUCUGCAUCGGGAAAUUUGGAGUUAAAUGGCUCUAGCAUCAUACAGCCUGGGCAGCAACUCUCGGCCCCACUACAGCUUCAACAGAGACAUGAAAGUCUUGAGGAUCGUCAUAAAGCCACUGCUGCAUCAUCUAACGAUGUGAAGCCUCUAGUGUCUUCCAUAGGGCAAUCUUCAGCUGUUCAUUUAGGCGAUGCUUCUAUGCAGAAGUCACAGAAUGCUUUCAGUGCUCCAACACUGCUGUCUUCUUCAUCUGGUUUUGUCCGUCCUUCUCGAGGAGUUACUUCUACCAGGUUUGGCUCUGCUCUGAACAUUGAAACACUUGUUGCUGCAGCUGAGAAAAGAGAAACUCCCAUAGAGGCUCCAGCAUCAGAGAUUCAAGACAAAAUAUCUUUUAUAAUAAAUAACAUCUCAGCUGCUAAUAUUGAAGCUAAAGGAAAAGAAUUCACUGAAAUUUUUAAAGAGCAGUACUAUCCCUGGUUUGCCCAAUAUAUGGUUAUGAAAAGGGCAAGCAUUGAGCCAAAUUUUCAUGACUUGUAUUUGAAGUUCCUGGACAAGGUUAACUCGAAGGCUUUGAGUAAAGAGAUUGUUAAAGCCACUUAUGAGAACUGCAAGGUUCUUUUAGGAUCAGAGCUUAUAAAGUCAAGUUCCGAAGAACGUUCACUGCUAAAAAACUUAGGUAGUUGGCUGGGGAAGCUAACAAUUGGAAGGAAUCAAGUUUUAAGGGCUCGUGAGAUAGAUCCUAAAUCUUUGAUUAUGGAGGCAUAUGAGAAGGGAUUGAUGAUUGCAGUAAUACCUUUUACUUCUAAGGUUCUGGAACCAUGCCAAAGCAGCUUAGCGUAUCAACCUCCCAAUCCUUGGACCAUGGGCAUUCUUGGGUUACUUGCUGAGAUAUAUUCAAUGCCAAACUUGAAAAUGAACCUUAAGUUUGACAUUGAGGUCCUAUUCAAGAACCUAGGUGUUGAUAUGAAGGAUGUUGCACCAACUUCUCUUCUCAAGGAUCGCAAAAGGGAAGUUGAAGGGAAUCCUGACUUUUCUAACAAAGAUGCUGGGGCAUCCCAGCCACAGUUAGUUGCUGAAAUCAAAUCAGGAAUGAUAUCUUCAGUGAAUCAAGUUGAGCUACCGCUUGAGGUUGCUAGUGCGUCUAAUUCUGGCGGCCACUCGCAUUUCUUAUCUCAGUAUGCUGCUUCUCUUCAUCUCCCUUCUGGUACAUUGAUGGAGGAUGAAAAGCUAUCAGCUUUAGGAUUGGCGGAUCAGCUCCCCAAUGCUCAAGGACUCAUGCCAGCCACUCCAUCCCAGUCACCUUUCUCCAUUAGUCAGCUUCCUGCACCAAUACCUAACAUUGGAACACAUGUUAUUAUCAACCAGAAGCUCAGUGCUUUAGGCCUACACCUGCAUUUCCAGAGAGUGGUUCCUAUUGCAAUGGAUAGAGCUAUUAAAGAGAUAGUAUCUGGUAUUGUUCAGCGCAGUGUAUCUAUUGCAACUCAAACAACAAAGGAGCUUGUUUUAAAGGAUUAUGCUAUGGAAUCGGAUGAGACGCGCAUAUUUAAUGCAGCACACUUGAUGGUUGCAAGUCUGGCUGGAAGUUUAGCUCAUGUAACAUGCAAGGAACCCUUACGCGGUUCAAUAUCAAGUCAACUGAGGAAUUCACUUCAGGGUCUGAGCACUGCAAGUGAACUUCUAGAACAAGCUGUACAACUUGUUACCAACGACAACCUUGAUCUAGGCUGUGCGGUCAUUGAACAGGCUGCCACGGAUAAGGCGAUACAAACCAUCGAUGGGGAAAUUGCUCAACAACUUGCUUUGAGAAGGAAGCAUAGAGAGGGUGUUGGUCCCACAUAUUUUGAGGCAAACAUGUAUACACCAGGUUCUAUGGGUGUUGUACCAGAGGCACUCCGCCCUAGACCUGGUCACUUGUCUCUUUCUCAACAGCGAGUGUAUGAGGACUUUGUUCGGCUUCCCUGGCAAAACCAAUCCAGCCAGAGUUCACAUGCCAUGCCUUCUGGUCCUGCUUCAUCUGGCAGUACUGGUCUAACUAAUACAUAUGGCUCAGCAUCUGGACUACUAAAUCUUGGCAGCAGUGCUGCCUCAGGAAGCACAGGAUUUGAAACACUCUCUCGGCUACAGGAUGAGUCGAUGGAAUCCAGUUCGGCUCUGCAUCUUAGUGGUUCCUCUAUUCACAUUGGAGUUGCGGAUGGAAUUACCCAGCUUAGUUCUGAAAAUGAUUCUGCCACUGCUUCAGCCUCUGAGUUGCAUUCGUUGGAUUCCUCUGAUGUUGCAAAAGAAUCUGGGACUGCUUCACAGCCAUUACCUUCACCAGUUGCCACCGAGCGCCUUGGAACUAGCAUAUCAGAUCCUUUGCUCACCACUGGGGAUGCAUUGGAUAAAUACCAGAUUGUUGCACAGAAGUUGGAAGCUUUGCUAAAAAAUGAUGGUAAAGAAGCAGAAAUUCAGGGAGUCAUUGCUGAAGUUCCUGAAAUCAUACUCAGAUGCAUAAGUCGAGAUGAAGCUGCCCUGGCUGUUGCCCAGAAGGUUUUUAAAGGUUUAUACGAGAAUGGAUCGAAUAAUAUUCAUGCCAGUGCUCAUCUUGCAAUUCUGACUGCCAUUCGUGAUGUUUGCAAGCUUGUUGUGAAGGAACUCACUAGCUGGGUUCUUUACUCAGAUGGGGAACGUAAGUUCAACAAGGAUGUAACUGUUGGCCUUAUUCGCCGUGAAUUGCUAAACCUUGCAGAGUACAAUGUUUACAUGGCAAAACAUAUUGAUGGGGGAAGGAAUAAAGCUGCGACUGAGUUUUCAAUUUCCCUUCUGCAAAGUUUAGUCAUCGAAGAAUCUAGAGUUAUUUCUGAACUACACAAUCUUGUUGAUGCCCUGGCAAAGGUUGCUGCAAAGCCUGGAUCUCCUGAGUCAUUACAACAGCUGAUUGAGCUUGUGAAGAAUCCUGCUACUGGUGUGGUUGCUGUAUCUGGUUUUAAUAUUGGAAAGGAGGAUAAGUCCAGACAAUUGAAAGACAAAAAGGCUCCUGUACAAUCUACAGCGAGCAGGGAAGACUAUAAUAAUGCAGAGUCUCUAGAACCAGAUCCCGUUGGUUUUGGCGAGCAGGUUUCUUUGCUGUUUGCGGAAUGGUUCCGGAUAUGUGAGCUGCCUGGGUCAAAUGAUGCAGCCUCUGCAAAUUUCAUCUCACAGUUGCAUCAGAAUGGACUACUGAAGGGGGAUGAUAUGACAGAUCGCUUUUUCCGCCUUCUAACAGAGAUUUCUGUUGCGCAUUGUCUUUCUUCUGAGGUGAUAAAUUCAGCCACGUUGCAAUCAACCCCGCAAGUGCAAAAUAUUUCCUUCUUAGCUGUUGAUAUGUAUGCAAAACUCGUAUUUUCAAUUCUGAAGGGUCCAAGCAAACUCUUUCUUUUUUCUAAGAUUCUGGCAGUGACUGUGAGAUUCAUCCAGAAAAAUGCAGAGGAGAAGAAAGAAUCUUUUAAUCCAAGACCCUAUUUUAGAUUGUUCAUUAACUGGCUGCUGGACCUGAGUUCCCUGGAUCCUGUUAUUGAUGGUGCAAACGUUCAGAUUUUGGCAGCAUUUGCAAAUGCAUUUCAUGCUCUGCAGCCCCUUAAAGUUCCUGCAUUCAGCUUUGCGUGGCUCGAGUUGGUGAGUCACAGGAGUUUCAUGCCAAAAAUGCUCACUGUAAAUGGUCAGAAGGGUUGGCCCUACAUCCAGCGCUUGCUGGUAGACUUGUUCCAAUUCAUGGAGCCAUUUUUGAGGAAUGCUGAACUUGGAAUGCCGGCUCAUUUUCUGUAUAAAGGCACACUUAGGGUACUGUUAGUGCUGCUUCACGAUUUCCCUGAGUUCCUUUGUGAUUACCACUUUACCUUCUGUGAUGUAAUUCCUCCAAGCUGCAUUCAAAUGCGAAAUAUUAUCCUUAGUGCAUUUCCCCGUAAUAUGAGGCUGCCUGAUCCAUCGACACCAAAUCUAAAGAUUGAUUUACUUCCGGAUAUUGGUCAAUCCCCACGGAUUCUCUCUGAGGUUGAUGCAGCUCUUAAAGCAAAGCAGAUGAAGGCUGAUGUAGAUGAGUAUCUCAAGACUAGGCAACCUGGGUCCUUUCUGACCGAACUGAAGCAGAAACUCCUCCACCUACCAAAUGAUGCUGCAGCAGCUGGUACCCGUUACAAUGUUCCCUUGAUCAACUCCCUCGUGCUCUAUGUUGGAAUGCAGGCCAUCCAGCAGUUGCAGCCGAAAACUCCUCAUUCUCAGUCCACAUCCAACACCGUUCCAUUGGCUGUGUUCUUGGUUGGUGCUGCCUUGGACAUCUUCCAGGCACUAAUAGCGGACUUAGAUACCGAAGGGCGCUAUCUGUUUCUCAAUGCAGUUGCGAACCAAUUGCGAUAUCCAAAUACCCAUACACAUUAUUUCUCCUUCAUCCUUCUUUACUUGUUUGCAGAAUCAAACCAGGAAAUUAUCCAGGAGCAAAUUACAAGAGUGCUGUUAGAACGCCUGAUUGUUAAUCGACCUCAUCCAUGGGGUCUUCUGAUUACUUUCAUCGAGUUAAUUAAGAACCCUAGAUACAACUUUUGGAACCGAACCUUCAUAAGGUGUGCUCCCGAGAUUGAAAAGCUUUUCGAAUCAGUCUCAAGAUCCUGUGGAGGACCAAAAUCCGUGGAUGAAAGUAUGGUUUCUGGUUGGGCGUCCGACAACGCCCACUGAUUCUUUGCAGCAUGUCCGUCAGUCUCAUUAUCACGACAGGACUGUAAAACAACUAAAUCCAUUUUUGUUUGUAAGAGUUAAAAAUUCCUACAAUUGUAUAAAUGUAUAGUUGUAGAUUUUGAUAUCUGUAGCUUAUGAAUAUGGUUUCACAUCUUUGUUUCUUUGAUUGCUUGAAAUACACGAGAGGUGUAAAUGGUACAUUUUUGGUUUUAUUGGAGCAAAAGCACCACUCUAAGCUGCUAACAAUAUUUUAAUAUACCAAUGUUAAAGAAGCGUUCGCUGUUCA